AUGGCAGGGAAGCGAGUCGCCAAGUUUCAAACCAAGAAGUGUGCCGAGAUAGUUUACGGUGACGAUGAUCGGAUAAGUCGUUUGCCGGACGACAUUCUCGUCGAUAUACUAUCUUUAUUGUCGCUCAAGGAAGCUGUAUGCACUAGUGUUCUGUCAUCUCGCUGGCAUAACUUGUGGAAACAUAUUUACCGUCUAAACUUUGAUCCACAUGUUUCUUUACAAAAAGGGACUCAACAAGGAUUCGAAUCAUGCAAAGAGAAGAGAAAAAAGUACGUGAAAUGGGUGAAUUCCGUCAUCAAAAAACACAAGGCCGCCAUCUUGAAAGAUUUCAUAAUCCGUCUGAGGUUGAGCAGAAAAUUCCAGAAGGACGUUAACCGAUGGAUUAAUUUUGCAAUUGUGAGGCACGUGCAGAGGUUAGAAUUGGAUCUUACCACAGGCGACUCGAGCCGAUAUAAUUGCUCUUUACCCCAAGAGUUGCUCACUAAAAAUACUAGUUCCGAAAUUGAUUUCAAGCCCCUCAAAGUAUUGUGUUUGAAAUCUGUUGAUGUGACAGAGGAAGAUAUUAAGUUUUUCCAAAGUAAAUGUCCGAUGCUCGAAGAAUUGGUUGUUGAUCGCUCGUUGAAAUUAUUAAACGUUGAAGUUUGUGGUGGUCCAUUCCUUGUCUUAAAACACUUGGAGUUAACCCGCUGCUACAAUUUGAAAUCGGUUAAGGUUUGCGCCCCAAACCUCACCUCACUUACUCUUCAGAAAGUAGAAUGUCUAUUGCUUGAGAAUGUUCCAAGGCUUGUUGAGGUAUCUGUUUGUCGGGCAUAUAGUAAAGUUUCUACCACAGUCGCACUUUCUGCUUUUGCUUGCUGCGAUUUCCAAUUGGAGAUUCUUACGCUGGAGAUGAAAGGGUUUGAGGUUAGACGAUAGAAUUUUAUCAUGUUUUGUUUUCUUUUAUUUAGAAAUAGAGAUGCGCAAGGCUUAUUAAUAUUUACUUGAUUGAUUUCACAGGAAAUAGUUUCCUCCACAAUUCAACUCCCUAAACUGAAGAAGUUGGUGGUGUUCGUAACAGGCGAUGAAAGUUUUAAUUUUGGAAAUACUUAUGCAAGUGAUAUGGGACUGACAAAUUUGAUGGAGGCGGCUCCCAACUUACAAGAAUUCGUUUUAAAUGUAUGUUUCUACUUGAUUUUUUGUGAAUAAUUUUCAAGAAAAAUCUCACACUCAUAUUUUCUUUUUUCAGAUGCAGUACUGGGAUGCUUCGAAGUUUAAUUUUGGAGGAUACGAUUAUUAUAUUCUAAGUCUUGCUAACCGGCAUCUUAAACUUCAUAGUUUUUCUCACCACCACCACCUUAAAGUGUUCAAGUUUUGUGGCUAUUGUGGUGUCUGGAAUCAGUUUGCAGUACUCGAGUACAUGAUUGAGAACUGUGUCGCGCUUGAGAAAGUAUUAAUCGAGACAUGUUACGAUAAAUUAUAUAGCUCUGCAUCAUUGUUCGAUAAAUUAUACUCUGAGGAGAAACCCCUUAGAGAACUAGUACCUCAGCAAAUUGAAUUGGUUAUUCUUUAACUAGCAAAUUGAAUUGGUUAUUCUUAUUCUUUAACUUCACCUUUGAUUUGUUGCAUUUAUUUUCUUCAUUAAAAAGCAAUUAUUUAUUCUAUUAUGUUUACGCUAUAAUUUGUCGCAACUGAGUAAAAAAAAAAAGAAUUUUUUUUUCCAAAAAUGCUAAGCUUGCGAUGAUUUAUUUGUUCCGUCGCAUAUCUUGCGUUGAAAGAUGGUGUUUGUCGCAGCCCAUGGGACUGUUUUGGAUCAAGUUUUCGACCAUUUUCUUUAGUCGCAAAGCCAUAGAUUUUGUUGCAAUGGCCUUAUUUUCGUCGGCAGUCUUGCAUUUUGGCCUAGUUCACGACUACAUUUUGUUGUAAAAAUUGUAUUAAAUCGAAUCAUGUAAGCGCUUUUAAUAUGAAUGUUGCUAACGAAAUUAUUCUAGAAACAUGACAAAAAAAUCAUUCUACCAGCAAACUAAUUGUCUUAAAAAACAAUAAAACAAAAAAAUAAAAGUCCCCCAAGACAAAGAAAUCUAAGGUGAAUUAUUGAAGACUCGAAAUUUUCACUGCUAUCCUUGAGGGUUGGAUUCAGCAGUCCAGUAAGUCUUUGUGGCCAAAAGAAUUUUCUCGACGUUAAACGGUCCGCUUUCGUGGUCAACAAUCUUACUCUCCCAUCUCAUUCCAUCUGUUAUACUCUUUAUCUUCACCAAUACUUCCACCACAUCUCUAAAUAUCACCGUCCCUUCUGGCCGUAGGAUUCUAUCCAUCUCAAGUAAAAUGUACGUAAUAUCGCACCUUCAUCAAACAACAUUCAUCUUCAACCGCACAAAACUUUACGGAA